AGCAGCUCAAGUCGCUAGACCACGCGGAGCAGCACUACUUCAACAGCUAUAACCACCAUGGCAUCCAUGAGGAAAUGUUGAAAGAUGAAGUUCGGACGAGGUCGUACAUGAACGCCAUCAUGCAAAACAAGCACAUCUUCAAGGACAAGGUUGUGCUGGACGUGGGAUGCGGCACAGGCAUUCUCUCCAUGUUCGCCGCCAAGGCCGGUGCGAAGCAUGUCAUUGGCGUCGACAUGUCAACCAUCAUCUUCAAGGCCCGCGAGAUCGUCAAGGUCAACGGUUUGGAGGACAAGAUCACCCUUAUCCAGGGCAAGAUGGAAGAGAUCGAGAUGCCCUACCCCAAGGUCGACAUCAUCAUCUCCGAGUGGAUGGGUUAUUUCCUCCUCUACGAGAGCAUGCUGGACACGGUACUCUACGCCCGCGACCGGUACCUGAAUAAGGACGGCCUUAUCUUCCCGGACAAGGCCACCAUCUUCGUGGCCGGCAUCGAGGACGGCGAUUACAAGGAGGAGAAGAUUGGCUUCUGGGACAACGUCUAUGGCUUCGACUACACCCCGCUGAAAGAAACCGCCCUCUCGGAACCCCUCGUCGACACGGUCGAGAUGAAAGCCGUCGUGACCGACCCGACGCCAGUCCUCACGCUCGACCUCUACAAAGUCCAGCCCUCGGACCUGGCCUUCAGCUGCCCCUUCGACCUGACGGCGCGGCGCGACGACUUCAUCCACGCGCUUGUGGCCUGGUUCGACAUCGAGUUCACGGCCUGCCACAAGCCAAUCCGCUUUUCGACGGGGCCGCACACCAAGUACACGCACUGGAAGCAGACCGUCUUCUACCUCAAGGACGUGCUCACGGUGCAGCAGGGCGAGAAGGUCGAGUGCUCGCUGCACAACCGGCCCAACGAGAAGAACAGGCGGGACCUGGACAUCAAGAUCCAGUACCGCCUCGACACGCAGGACCCCAACCGCCAGGCCGAGGGGACGUGUCUUUACAAGAUGUGUUAGUUUUGGUCGGUCAAAUCGCCAUCGUAUGGUGGAGGCCGGUAUAUACCAAGUGAAGAGAGAGCGAACCGGUGAGAGGGAAAAAAUAGGCUAGGCCUUCUGAUGAUGGUGGGUUAGAGGAAACGGGAAGGCGCGAGUUUUGCGAUUCAUAUGCCGCGGUGCAACGGCGCAACGUACCGGUAGCGCACGGACGGCUGGCGAUUCAAUCCUCGCAAAUUAGAGAGAAAGGGUCAACUGGCGUUUUCCUUGGCUCACUAUCGCUGCGCACUUGAGAAGCUGAGAGUGGGAGUGAGAAAGAAAAGAGACAAAGUGCGUGACAAC